GAAAAACAUCAACCCAUUUCCCCAAUCAGCUAAAAUUUUCCUUCUAUUUCCAGCCCAUUUGCCUUUGCUUCCCACUUUAAAAAGAAAGCAAAAAACACACAGUCACACACUCCCUAUAAAACAGCUUCUUGUAAGGCGUAACAGACUGAACACACACACACACACACACACACACAGAGUGAAGCAGUGGAAGCAACGUAAUUCCCACAUUCAGCCUAUCAAAAACAAACCCAACUAAAUCAUUCUGAUUAUCCCACUAAUUUUGGACAUCCCAAUCGUCACUUCAUUUCCAUCAUAUAUUAUUAUAUUCCACUUACAUAUUCCCCUUUUUCCCUUGUCUCAUUCUUCUUUCCAUUUCUUCAUUCCAAAACCACCGUCACAACACCGGCAACCAUUACCGCCACCAUCUUUCCCGGUCAACUGGUACGUUAAGUGAGUAUACUUGGUUGAAGUAAUAAGAAGUAACUUGCAUCAAAUUUUGUUUGUUUAUUUAAUUUUUUUUCUUUCUUUUUCCUUUCUUGGGGGAUUUUUCCAAAGUUUGACUUUUUAUUUAUUUUUCUGUUCCCUUUUUUCUUUCUUUUUCCCUAGUAGUCAUAAUAAUAAUUGGGUCCGGGAGGCUGCCCGGAUCACAGUCAGUCACUAUAUAUAAACAUUUCGGACAGCUGCCAUAACUUGGCUCUGUAUGUAAAAAUUGUCCUCUUGUUUUAUCUUUGUUUUAUCUUAGCACAAAUUUCUUUCUUUCGCAAUAAAUUCGAAGUAAAUGAUUGUAUUGCAAAGUAUGGAGCUUUCUAAUGAAGCAGCUCUUGGAAUUGGUAUAAUUAUUUUACUUUCUUUCCCAUCUUUUCUUUACUGGUCUUACUGUGAUUUCCUUUGUUUCUAGAUUUCAUGAAAAUCUUAAACCUGUAUUGGUUUCUGGGUACGGACAGCCAGAUUUCGAACUUCAAUGGAAUUUCACUUAUAAUUUAGGUGUCAUCUUGUCAGCCAAUUGGGUUCUCUGAUGCAUUGAAUUUAUCAAAGAAAUCCAGAAGGGUUCAUGAAUUUGAUUCUUGUCUCCCCUUCUUUUUGUUGGGCUUAAAAAUCAUUACGUGCUACUACAUAGUUCUUUCUACUGUUGGUAUAUGCUUUAUGAAUUAUGAGAGAGAAUUGGGUAAAGUUUAUUUACUCUUCCCACUAGCUUUUUGGGACAAGAAUCCCCCUUUAACUUUCCCUCUUUCAGCUCUUCUUUUCUGGAUUGUUUUUCUUUUCCCGUUCCCUUUCUUCAUCUUCUUCCUUUUUUCUUUCUUUUCUGGUUUGGUUUGGUUUCUUCUUUCUUGAUUUGCCAUUUUUCUUUCCUAGUUCUUGACUUGGUUGACCAGAACUUUCAAAGAAGAACCACUUUUCCGUCCACAGAUUUUGGAGGAAAAUAAAUUACAAAAAUCAUAACUUCUGUGUGUCCCUUCUGGCUUCCCUGAAAGUGCUUCCUCUUUUUAUACUGUCUGCUUUGAUUUCUCAUUUUCACUUCAGUAUUAUCUGUUUUGUCGUUUCUCUGGGCAGACUGAUUGGUUAUAAAACUUAAAAGUCUUAAAGCACUGCCCUUUUUUUUUUUUGUGUAAUUUGAGGAUACUAUGGUCUGUUUUGUCUUUUAAUGAUUGAUUCAAUUUGUAAUUCAGUAGCUACUGAAAGGGAAAGAAAGAGGAAAAGAAACGACAUGGUGAUGCUAGAGGAAGAGGUGCCAGUUGCAUUAGAUACAAGUGAAGUGAUUGCUGAAUUUGAUGCGAGGACCAAGGAUGCUGAAAGGGUUCAAAAGGAAACACUGAAGAAGAUUCUUCAAGAAAAUGGUGGGACAGAGUAUUUGAAGAAAUGGGGUCUUAAUGGAAGGACUGAUCCAGAAAGUUUCAAGGCCUGUGUUCCUAUUGUUACUCAUGAUGAUUUGGACCCUUAUAUUCAGAGAAUUGCUGAUGGUGAUGAUGAGGAUUCCCCAAUUCUCACUGGAAAACCAAUUACAACUAUUUCCUUGAGCUCUGGUACUACUAAAGGGAAGCCCAAGUUUGUGCCUUUCAAUGAUGAAUUGAUGGAAACCACGAUGCAGAUUUACAAAACAUCCUAUUCCUUUAGGAACAGGGAAUUCCCAAUUGGUAAUGGGAAAUGUUUGCAGUUCAUCUAUGGUAGUAAGCAGUUCAAAACAAAAGGAGGUUUAGCUGCAGGAACUGCAACGACUAAUGUUUACCGUAAUCCGCUGUUCAAGAAGACCAUGAAGGCUAUGCAGACGCCAUGUUGCAGCCCCGAUGAAGUUAUAUUUGGGUCAGACUUUCACCAGUCUUUAUACUGCCACCUUUUGUGUGGACUCAUUUUCCGGGAAGAAGUUCAAGUAAUCUCCUCCACAUUUGCACACGGCAUUGUUCAUGCUUUUCGAACUUUUGAAUUAGUAUGGGAGGAGUUGUGUGCUGAUAUCAGAGAGGGAGUCUUGAGCAGCCGGAUUUCCUUCCCGUCUAUUAGAUCAGCCGUGUCUAGAUUGCUUAAACCCAACCCGGAACUGGCUGAUGUUAUCUACAGCAAGUGUCAGGGUUUAAGCAAUUGGUAUGGUUUGAUUCCGGAGCUAUUUCCCAAUACCAGGUACAUAUAUGGGAUAAUGACUGGCUCUAUGGAACCUUAUUUGAAAAAGCUGAGGCAUUAUGCUGGAGAGUUACCUCUACUAAGCGCAGAUUACGGUUCUUCUGAAGGGUGGAUUGGUGCUAAUGUCAACCCAAAGUUACCCCCAGAAUUGGUUACAUACGCUGUUCUCCCUGAUAUCGGGUACUUCGAAUUUAUGCCACUAAAACAUGAUUAUCUGGAGGAAGCCAAGCCAGUUGGCCUUACUGAAGUUAAGGUUGGCGAAGAGUACGAAGUUGUUGUUACAAGCUUUGCAGGUACUAAACUUGCAUUCUAAUUCUUGCCUCAUCUGGUUCUUGCUGCAUACCAGAUACCUCUUUGUUAAAACCUGAGAUUUUGCGUAAAAGCAUGCUUUCAUUUGACCUCGUUAGUCGUGUUUUCACUCUUAUCAAAAUGUGGAUGAAGGUUGCAUUUGGUACCCACUACUUGAGGCAAAAUUGUAGGAAGUAUCAUUAGCUUAUGUGCUGAGUUCAGACUAUGCAUGUGCACCAUGUUCUAUUAAAAUAUAAAAAGGUCUCCUGACUUUGUUCUCAUCCCAUUGACAUUGUUUCAAUUAUGUGCCCUGUCUAUAUUUAACCUUCUUUCAAGAUAGUAUUUUCCACUUGUCUGCUAACCAUAACUGUAAUUUAUUUUGUUGGAUUCCAUACUUGUCCUUGAAAACAUCACUGUGGCUCACUCUUUUGGUUGAGGAAAAGAGCAGAACAGAUUCUUUCUUCUCUUGCUGUCUUGCAUCUGAAUAUUUUCGCUUAUUGUUUUGUCCACUAGAUACUUUUUGUGUCAUUUUUUUUCUUUCUAAAAACAGAAGCUGGAAUAUUCAACUUUUUAUUUGCCAAUGUUUCUUGUAACAGACAAAAAUCUGAUUAAAAGUAUGUCAUGUGAAAAUAUUGUUGAGAACCUAAUAAGAGAUGUGGGAGAUGUAUGAAAUGAAGAAAAAAAAAGCUUUAAGAAUGCAUCACAUUUCAACUUGUUUAGUAGUUCAGCAAAAAUUCUUCUAAAAUGUGAAAGCAACCUGAAGACUUAUAAAGGUUGUGGGAGCCAUAUAUAACAGUCUUAGUGAUUAAUGAUUCAUGACAUGGAAUUUAGUCCCAAUUCAUUAUUGAAGCUACAGAAGCAUUUUGGUUAAGCUACUUUUCUGCCUUCUCUUAAAAGGUCUUUUAUCUUGCAUGGGAUUUUUUGUGUAACCAUUGCUGGUGUCUUUCCAAAAAAAACAAAGCCUCGGUCAUCCAAAUGAUUGGAAUUUAAAUGCUAUGUCUGUUUUUCCUCAGUCGUAGCUUCAUGUGUAUCUAAUUUUACUUGGUGUAAUGGCUGGCUUUUUUUUUUAAUUUAUUAUCUCAGAGUUGAAGUUCUUUCUUCCACAUAUUCACUUUCACCCUCUGUUUUGUAGGUUUGUAUCGCUACCGGUUGGGAGAUGUUGUCAAGGUAAAAGGGUUCUACAAUUCGACCCCGGAACUCCAAUUUAUUUGUAGGAGGAACCUGCUCCUAUCCAUAAAUAUCGACAAGAACACCGAGAAAGACUUGCAGCUCUCAGUAGAAGCUGCAGGCAAAAUCUUAGCUGGAGAGAAGUUAGAAGUGGUUGAUUUCACCAGCAGUGUCGAUACGUCCAAUGAUCUGGCCCACUACGUGAUUUACUGGGAAAUCAACGGGGAAACGAGCCACGACGAAGUCCUGCAAGAAUGCUGCAACUGUUUAGACAAGUCGUUUAAUGAUGCCGGCUACAUGAGCUCGAGAAAAGUGAACACAAUUGGAGCCCUUGAGCUGAGGAUUCUGAAGAAGGGAACUUUUCACAAGAUCUUGGAUCACUAUGUCCAAAUGGGGGCUGCUGUGAGUCAAUUCAAAACUCCAAGAUGUGUUCCACACAGUAACAGUAGAGUGUUGGAAAUACUUUGUAACAAUGUUGUCAAGAGCUACUUUAGCACUGCAUAUUAGUACUUAGUAUUAUGGUCUAUUUAGUUGUUGGGAUCAUUCCAAAUAUAUUUCCAGCUAUAAAGAAGAAAAGCUGCCCUUACUAGGUUUGCUGUAGUAUAUAGUUUGUAGUAAAAAAAAAAGCUGUCAUGUUAUCUCCAUUGGUACAUUCAUCAGGGCUCAAUAAUACUUGAAAAUGGAUGUACAGAAUUACAGCAAUAAGCUGUUGUUGUUAUACUGAAUCUCACUUCCUUUUUGCUGUCUUUUUUUUUUUUUUUUUUU